GCCUCCUUCUUACAUUUCUUGGAUCUCUCCUCUCAUCAAACCACAAGACUUGCGCAUUCUUUUGUUGCCUUCAUUUUCAUGGCGCUCUUAACUUCCCACCACAAUAAACGCCGAAAAAAGCACAAAAACCCAUCCCCGCCGCCGCCCUCCGCCCAAUCCUCAUGGGACCAGAUCAAGAGCCUCCUCACCUGCAAACAGAUCGAGACUUCGAGAGUUCACGAGCCGGUGAAACGCUCGCCGGCGUACUCAAAGUUGGGGUCUUCUUGCAGCUCCAUAUGUAGCUUUAGAGACGUGGUUCAUGGCAAUGCCAAAGUGGUUCAUAGAGCCGACAACUCUCCCGAAAGCAGCUCCGUCGGACAGGAAACCAGGUUGCUUCAUAGAAAACCCCCAAACGGUUCCUCAUCUCGUUCUUUGACGGCGCCGACACCUGCCAGAACCAAACACGCUGCUUCAGCUUCCUACUCCUCUUCUUCUAGAGGAAUCCAAUUACGAAAGCUUUCUGGCUGUUAUGAAUGUCACACCAUCGUUGACCCUACUGGGUACCCAAUUCCGAGGAGUUCAUUAUGUCCUUGUCCUCACUGUGGAGAGGUGUUCCCAAAGCCUGAAAGCUUGGAGCUUCACCAAUUAGUUCGCCACGCUGUAUCCGAGUUGGGUCCUGACGAUUCGGGUCGAAACAUCGUGGAGAUAAUUUUCAAGUCAAGCUGGCUGAAAAAGGACCGACCCAUUUGCAAGAUCCAACGGAUACUAAAGGUCCACAAUACCCAACGCACCAUCCAACGCUUCGAGGACUGCCGUGAUGCAGUGAAGACACGUGCGCUCAACAGCACCAAAAAAAACCCGCGCUGUGCGGCUGACGGUAAUGAGCUGUUGAGGUUCCAUUGUAGUGCCUUGUUGUGCGACCUCGGCUCACGUGGCUCUACCGGCUUAUGCGGCUCGAUACCCGGCUGCGGUGUCUGCACCGUCAUCCGCCACGGAUUCCAGUGCAAGCCCGGUGGGGUCCCUGGCGUACAGACUACUGCCAGUAGCGGUAGGGCCCACGAUUCGUUCGGAUGCAGCGAUGGUCGGCGGCGGGCGAUGUUGGUGUGCCGUGUCAUCGCCGGGAGAGUCAAGCGUAUGGCAGAAGAUGGGGCAGGAACAACGACGACGGAGGAGGAGAACAUGUCGGCGGCAGGGUCAUACGACUCCGUUUCACGACACUCCGGGAUGUACUCCAAUCUGGAGGAGCUCAUCAUUUUCAAUCCAAAGGCUAUCCUUCCUUGUUUUGUCGUCAUCUACGAAGCCCUCCAAACCUAAUUAGGAUAGGAUCAAUAUAUGCUUUAAUUUAUGUGUUUUUCUUCUAAGUCUAUAGUUUAUAAUUUUUCUUUUUAUUAUACUUUUUUUGUGUGGACAUUAAAUGUGAGCAAUAAUAAAGCUAUCUUGACGUUGUAUUAAUGAUAA